AUGCCGGAUCGAGUAAAUAUGGAUCGCGCACGACACAUUAAUUCGAAACGGUCCGCGUUGAAGGCUCAGCUAACGAGUCUCGAAAGACUAGUCGAGGGAGGUAACGUGAGUGAAUCGAACUUGAAGAGACGAUUGCAACGCGUAACGGACCUCCUCCACGCGUACGAGGAGUUACAUCAUGAGUUGGAAGCAAUAGAGCCGGGCGAACACGCGAACGAGAUCGACGACAUUCAAAAUCGAUACUACGCAGUCGCGAGCGCUAUAGAUGAUAGAACCGCGCCGGCAACGAGCACGAGCAACUUGAACAUAGCUUCCACUCCCGUGGACAAUAAUAUAAAACGCGUUAAACUUCCCGUCGCGGAAUUACCCAAAUUCGACGGCAAUCUCGAGAAAUGGUUGUCGUUAAAAAACACUUUUCUGACGAUGAUUGAUUCGCGCGACGAUAUUACCGAUUUGCAGAAGUUUCUGUAUUUGAAAGACUCGCUGCGCGGUUCGGCCUUAGACAAAAUCUCCAUCUUCGAUGCAAGCGAUGAAGGCUAUAAGGCCGCAUGGCAAUUGCUUAUCGAGUCGUACGAAAAGAAGCGGAUUCUGAUGACGAAACAUCUAGACGAGAUUAUCGACACAUUGUUUAACGCGUGUAAAAAGAAUUCAUCGAACGCGAACGAGUCAGUACAGAGUAAGGUCACCGCACAGGACCUGACUAAACUGGCAGACACCGUACGACAACACAUCGCGACGCUUAAAUCAUUAGAUAUCGAAUCUAAUCCGCACAUAAUCGUCCGACUAAUGGAACGGGCGCUUCCACCGAACGUUCGCGCGGAGUGGGAUAAAACUUUAAAUUUACAAGACAUCCCAACGCUCGAACAGUUAUACGAAUUUAUAUCCGAAACCGUGUUCCGCGUUGACGCUCUCGAGACAAACGUCUCAGGUAACGAAAGGAAUAAUAAACGAUCAUAUCCGAAGGGGGGCUCACCCGCUACCAAGACCCGCAGAGACGAAAGGGGGGCGCGCGCCUUUGUCACGACUCCCGUCGGUAAAUGCCUCGCGUGUAGAAAGGGGGCCCAUCCGUUAUUUCGAUGCACCGAAUUCGAAAAAUUAUCGCUGUCACGCAGAUGGGAAAUUGUAAAACGCACAAGGGUGUGUAAGAAUUGUCUUAAAUCCCACAACGUGGGAGUGCAAGAGUUCGCACUGCAGGCUUUGCGACAAAUUUCACAACACACGGCUCCAUAA